AUGGGGGUAGUCCUUACGUUGGUGUUUGACGUGGUGCGCUUCUGGCACAGAAAACUCAAAGAAUGGUACGCGCGAAAGAGCCCCGUCGAGCUCUGGCUCGACCUGCUCCGCAACGCCGAGGCCUUUGAGGACUGGGAAGAGGCCGCCCUCCACCUCGACAACCUCCUGGGGCUCGACCUCUGGCGCAACAACCCGACGUCCAAGUACUACGACUACCGCCUCAUCCACGAGCGCCUCAACUCCUUCCUCGAGGCCAACGAGGACGCCGACGUCAACCACCUCGUCAACCUGCUGCGCUCCGGCCUCGUCCGCAACCUCGGCAACAUCAGCUCGCCAAAGCUCUACAACCGCGCCUUCGCCGGCACAAAGUACCUCAUCGAAGAGUACAUCACCCACGUCGCCGAGGCCGUCGAUGAUGUGACGGCCCUGCCGACGACGCCGCCCGCCGUCGAGUCGCCGUCGCGCAGCGGCACCGCCAACAAUGCCAACAGCACCAGCAGCAGCAGCAACGACAAGGGACGCCCCCCGAUGGCGACCAUCGUCAGCGCCGCCGCCGCAACGCUGACGAACCAGACCAAGCUCGACUUCAUCCACGACACGCGCCAGGCCUUUGGCCGCAGCACCCUCGUCUUCCAGGGCGGGGCCAUCUUCGGCCUCUGCCACCUCGGCGUCGCCAAGGCCCUGUUCCUGCGCGGGCUCCUGCCCCGCAUCAUCACCGGCACCGCCACCGGCGCCCUCAUCGCCGCGCUCGUCGCCAUCCAUACCGAGGAGGAGCUGCCGGCCGUGCUCAGGAGCGAUGGCAUCGAUCUGUCGGCCUUUUCCCCCAAGGGCCGCCGCCGACGACGGACGCUGCUGCGGAGGGGCAGGCGGUUCUGGAAGGAGGGCUACUUCCUCGACGUCAAGGUCCUCGAGGACUGUGUGCGGGCCAAUGUCGGCGACCUGACCUUUGAGGAGGCCUAUAACCGAAGCAAGCGCGUCUUGAACAUCACCGUGGCCACGGCAGGGCAGGGCGGCGUGCCGACGCUGCUCAACUUCCUUACGGCCCCGAAUGUGGUAUGUUAUUUGUCGUGA